GCAUAGUCACAUGAUCCAUUGUGUGGACCGGCCGGGAAGUGUGGUGCAGCUACCAGGAGACGUUCAGUAAGACUUGUUUUCAGCGAUCAGAAAUGAAGUAUUGUUCAAGCGUGGUCGCCUUUGCCUUUUUGGCUGUUGGCGUUGCUUUUGCAGCGGUGCUCCAUUACGACCCACUGAAGAUAACUUCUAGAUUAGAAUCGGAAAUGGAGGAUCUUAUGCAACUGGUGAUGAAACCUCACACACUCAGCAGAUAUAUACCUCUGGAGGUAUACAAGAAGAUGGGCCUGAACCCAAGCACUCGUCUGACGGAUUACAGAUGGAAGAACUGUGGCAACCCAUCUAUGGAAAACCUGAUCAUCAAUGACAUCAAGUUCUCCCCUGACCCUAUCUCUCUCGCCGGGACUCUCACCGUCUCCUUCAGCAUCAACCUCAAAGUAACAGUUGCAAGUCAACUUAAGGGAGUGGUCCUGCUGGAGAAGCAGGUUGCUGGGAGCUGGAUUGAGCUGCCAUGUAUCGGCAACAUUGGCUCCUGCACUUACGACGACAUCUGCCCACUGCUCAGCCAGAUAGGCCAGUGUCCUCCUGAAUUUAAUGCAGCCGGCAUCCCAUGCAAAUGCCCCUUAAAUGCAGGCAACUACACACUUCCUGGUGCCAGCUUUGAGAUCGAUGCCAGCUUCCUACCAUCCGGAGACUACCACAUCCGUGCCAACCUCACCCAUGGUGCUGUUGAUGGUGGCUGCUAUGACAUCUAUGCUUCUUUUGCAUAAAUGAAGUGACCUGGUUUCUACAUUACAGGGAGCAAAGUGAAGACACUAAAACAACAAUACAAUAUUGUCCAUGUUCUUUCAACACAUUCCACAGGUGUGUUUAUGUGCAUAAGUUUUUAAUGAGAUUUUCCCCUAUCUGUACAUAGUGUCAAACUCUACUCACCCUGCAUGUAGAUAGUUAUACACUAAUAUAUCGUAAUAUCAAGAUAUUUGAAGUUAUUUGUUAACGUUAAGCGUUGAUCAGAACGUGAAGAAUAGGAUGAAUUUAUAACUCAUCGCUACUCUGAAUAAGUUCCAAAGAUAUAUUUAAAAGAUGUUUUUUUGUAAAGAGUGUUUUGAAACAUUUUUGUAUUAUUUAUUAAUUUCUCAAGUGAAUUAAAGUCAAAGGAUGAAUGUGAUCAGUGUCAUUUUUUGGUGUUUGUUAUUUAGCUAAGAUGAAAAAUAUGUACUUCAACAUCCUGGUGAACACUUUUCAACAUGAGGUCAUGUGUGAUUACUUUAUAUAUGCAGUUACACACCUUUUUUUAACCCACCUGAUAAAUUCUUAAGAAUAAUUCAAUGAUUCAGCUGCAAAUGACACAUUCUAUUGAUUAAGGUGAUAUGCAGUCAUGAUGAUCAAGGGAGAGAACUUUUGAUUCACUAAUGUAUGUAAUUGUGCCCAUGCAAUUGUUUUGAAAUCCGAGUUUCUGGUUAUAGGGCAAUGAAAGAUUGUCAGCAUCAUCUACAUAUGUUGUUAGUAAUUGUUAGUGAUUUUUAAAUCUUGAUAUGGUAGUAGGUAUGAAAGUCAUCUAAACUUUGGCAUAUGUAGAAUUUAAAGAGAUACCAAAGGCCAGGGUAUUUGUGUGAGCAUGAAGUGCAAUUACUGAUGAAUAUUUUAGUAUAUUUGUUUGGUGAUGAUCAAAUCUCCUUGUUGCAUGGAUAGUUGUGAAAUGAACAAUGCUUGUCUUAGGCAGACUAAGAAUUUUCUAUAAUCAUCCAUUAAUUAGCCAAAUAUGACACUGUCGUCUUUAGAGAUGACAUUGUAUCAGUUUUGAUAUAUGAUCAAUUUUCUUUUUAAAUGAACAAAUCAUUUGGGUCGGUUUCAGAUAGCGUUAUUGACCAACUAACUUGGUUUAUUUAAUGUUCAUCGGUCAGUGUAAUGACCACACCUUGAGCAUGUUUCUACUUCUGAGAAAUAACUGUACUCUUGUUUCAUUACAUUUAGCCAAGUGGUUCAAGUGUUUGCUUGUCACUUGGGAUAUUUUGGUUUCAUUCCCCGCUCUGGUGCAAUUAAUGCAGUCAAUACAUGGCGUCUCUUGCCUAACUAUUGUUGGAAUAUUGCCAGGUGAGGUGGAAGUUCAUCCUCAUUCAUUUCUUCAUUGUCUAUUUACAUCUGAAACAUAACUUCUCAACUGAAAGUAGGUCUCAGAAUAAAACAUUUUAUAAAAGAA